AUGAAGGGCAUUGGAGCGUCCUCGCGCGUGUUUGAGCUACUUCAUCGUCAACCAAAGGUCCGGAUUCCUCAACAAGGGUGGGCUCCGUUACCGACUCCGUUUCAUGGCCACAUUCAGUUCCAAGACGUUGGGUUUUCGUACCCUGCUCGUCCAGACGCGAUAAUUUUCUCUGGCCUGAACUUAGAGGUGCUACCUAAUGAAACAUUAGCGCUCGUGGGCCCGAGUGGAUGCGGUAAGUCGUCGGUGACGUCAUUACUUGCGCGCUUCUACGACUUGGAUGGCCCUGGAUGUGGCGGUAAAAUCAUGCUGGAUGGUGUUGACAUCUCAACUGUAAGCCCAACGGAGCUCCGCGGUUUGAUGGGUGCUGUACCGCAGGAGCCACCUCUUUUUGCGUGCUCUAUUCGUGACAAUAUUGCUUACGGCUGCUCUGAAGGGCAAGAAGCAACUUUGGAGGACAUCAUCCGUGCAGCCAAAAUAGCAAACGCACAUGACUUUAUCGUGUCCUUUCCGAAUGGAUAUGAUACGAUUGUUGGAGAGCGUGGGCAGGCACUCUCUGGUGGUCAGAAGCAGCGCGUGGCGAUUGCGCGUGCGCUUGUGAAGCGCCCAAAGAUCCUCAUUCUGGAUGAAGCGACCUCAGCUUUGGAUCCAGAAAGUGAGAAACUUGUGCAAGACGCAGUAGAUUGCGCCAAGCAAGGGCGCACAGUAAUUCUGGUGGCACAUAGAUUAUCCACCAUUAAAAGUGCUGACCGUAUUGCUGUCAUAUCAGACGGUCGUGUCGUAGAACAGGGCACCUUUGCCCAACUCGCUGCUCGUGAGGACAGCACAUUUACACAGGUAGUUCUGGACGGGCAAAGCUAA